AUGAGUUUUCCACACUGACUGAUGACGAGGUGUCCUUGUUAUUCUGUUUUCUGUGUUCUGACUCCGGUCCUCCUGACUUCACUGACACAGGGUGGCUGGACUUGCUUAUUAGGAUACGACAGGAAGUGUACGAUGAUAGGAAUCCUGUAACACGUGAGGAAGCACAGCAGACUCUGGACAGACUGAAGUCACGUGAUUACCUUUGGGAAGAUCAGGAUAAGAUAACGGAGGACACAAAGGAUGAGACAAUGUAUAGGAUAGCAUCAAUAGACUGUUAUAUACCAUUCUAUUACAGUAGUUAUGACACAGCCAGUGUGUACCUGAGAUCAGGGGAAUACAAUAUAAAACCUGGAGAGAAGUGUGUCAUUUGUGAUGGUAGUAUUGCCAAUAUCCUGGAUUCAUUACUGAUACUCCGUCUGCAGAUGAACAUACUGACUCACGUCACCAUGGAGGACACGGGUAUAUAUGAGAUAAAAAAGAUCUUGAAUAUCCCAGACAAUAUACUGAACGAGGAUAAGGAUAAAAGGAAACAAUUUCUAAUGGAUCUAAGAAGAGAAGGGGAGGCUGUACAUUACAGAGGAAGAUCACAGGACAGUGUAGAUCACGUGACGUGGCUCUGGAGAUACGGGAGAUACAAUAGACCUGACAUCGUGAGAUCCUGUAUAGGCCGUCAUCUACACUGGGACAUUUACAUCAUCGACAACAAACCUUACAGAAAACCAAGUAAGAAGAAAGGUGAACAUCUUAACAAUCCACCGGAUGUCAGGUGUCUACUGUAUUCUCUACUGUUAACUGAGAAAUAUCAGCUGAAUCUGAAUGAACAAUCUCACAGGAUCAUAAGGGACAAAAUCAGAGACAAAUAUUUCCCUGAUAUUACUGUAGACGGUUUGGUAGAUCUUCCUAAAGAAAUCACAGAAACACAUAAUGGUGUGAUAACGUUUAUAUCAGACGACAUCCGACAUGACGUCAUGUACGCCUUUGUUACGGAGUGUCUGGUUGGAGACAGUGAUCUGGAGUUUUUCCUGACCACGGCGUCACGUGCCGUGAUAUCAGAAUACUGCAGGUCCUGGGAUUAUAAGAGGAGUGAGGGAGAGAGAUGUCUGUAUGUACCGAACAGACCGGAGAAGAUGUACGACCUCUUUAUAGACAAACUACAGCUGGACAUCAUCUCACACUGUACUGUGUCUGACGAGGGGAUUCAUGACAGGAUCAGUAAAAAGUUGAAAGUUCCUAGGGAAACACUAGACUGGGACCAGGAGGCCAGAGAGCGGUAUGUGGAGUACGCUAAGAGAGGAACACAGACAGUCCACCACGCCCGGGGGAUUAUUGUAGGAUGUGCUGGGGCGGGGAAAACCACGCUACUUAAACGUCUGCUUGGUUGUAGUGAAGAGGAGAUAAAAGAAGUAAAAUCUACUGAGGGACUGCAGGUGCAUGAGGAGAUAUUUGAAUUAUGUGAUGAAACAAAAUCUUUACAAGGAAUAAUCCACAGUAGAGGUAACCGUGAGAAGGGAGGAGAGAAAAGAAGUGAACCCUCAGUUAAGACUUUGACUUUCUUUGACUUCGGAGGACAGUGUGCUUACUACGCUUGUCACCAGAUUUACCUCACAAGGAGAGCCUUUUACAUAGUGGUUGUAGACGCCUCUAAAGACCUUGACCAGGUGGUGGAUACAGCGGUGUGUGAUCAGAUGGACACUGUGUUCUCUGGAUGGACCUACAGCGAAUAUUUUGUAUUUUGGUUGAAAUCAAUCCACACCUAUUGUUCACCUGUAAACCAUGGAAGUGAAGAUAAGGUAGAAGUACUUAUUGUAGCAACACACUGGGAUAAAACCAUAUACAAGGACAAAAAAGAUUUCUUGCAAUCUUUGUACAACGUAUUACCAAACAACUCUCAUUUGUCGCAAUAUCUACGAGAAGAUCGAUGUUUUCUCGCACAAUUUCCACCUUUUCAGUCCUUGGGGGAUCUAGAGAGAUGUAUUAUAGAUAUCACCUUAAAAUCAAAAUGGAGCGAAAAAAUACCACAUGAAUGGAUUUUUCUUAAUGAUGAAAUCAAUGAAAAGAAUAACAAUAAACCAAUGUUAACUUCCAGAGAAUUGUGUAAUAGAAUGCCCGUCGAAGAGAAAGCAAAAGAAGGUAAUGCUUUUGACAUGUUGAGAUACUAUCAUGAUGCUGGAAAAUGUCUUUUCUUUAACGAAACAAGACUCCGAGAGUCAGUAGUAAUAGACGUCCAGUGGUUCAUCAAUGCAUUUAAAACCAUAAUUACAGACAAUUUACAUGUGCAAGGAAUAAUUGCAAAUAAAAAAGAAUGGAAAGAAUAUUACUCGACAGGGAACCUAGAGGAUUCUCUUUUGGUUGGCAUCUGGAAGUCUCGGGAGGAGGAAGUUCACACAAAAGCCAAAACUACUGAUAUAGAUGCCCGUCAAAGCAAUGAUAGUUCAUAUGUGCUCCACAAGGCAGCGUUGCUUUCGUAUAUGAUGAGACUAGGACUUUUGGCCGUCGGUGAGAAAUGUCAUUAUGUUCCAUGUAUGAAUAAAAGAAAAUUUGAUACAGAUCAAAAAGAGUUUGUUCAGAAAUUAAGUGCAAGAACCUCAGUUAAAGUUUUCCUAUUCGACUUCCUGCCUUUUUUCUUAUUUUACCGCCUCGUUGUGGCCUUGAUGCAAAGGGAAGAGCUAGAAGUCCUCCGAAGUAAAGGAACUCAAUGUCUGUACAAAAAUGCUGCUAUGUUUAACUUCAGACAUCAUUAUUUUGUAAUUGCCGUUACGGUGACUUCAAUUCAGCUUCAAAUAUUGCACUCCGAAGAAGAAGGGCGUUUGGAGAAAGAUACAACACUUGAAAUAAAGUGGAUAGUUAAUGGAAUUUUGAAAGAUAUCACUAAUACUUUUCACAAAAAUCUGUCAUACAAAACAGGAUUUACGUGUGUGAAAGAGCGGGAUCAGAUCAUUGGAAUAGAAAUUGAUGACAAUUUUAUUGAGGAGGAGAAGCUGAGGACAGGGACGAGGAUGAAUUGUCCUCUCCACCAAGUUGAGGACCACCACACAAUCAAUCCUGAUUAUUUAACAAAGUUUUGGAUGUAACUUAUGAUUCAAACUUCACAUAUCUGAACAAGUUUGAUGUAAGAUUAUUAGUUAAGAUACCUAGGGUAUUUCCAUCAUGUUUAAGGGUACUUACCACAAACCAAAAAUGGAUGCGCGGGUUGAUAUAUAUUUUUUGACUGAUUUUGAUUUGA